AAUCGAUGGCCUUCUCUAUCCUCGCACUCUUCGCGGUUCUUGAUCCACUUUUGUAAAACUCAUUUUCGUCAGCUAAGGUACGGUUUGAAAUUUUCGGCUGCGGUUGUGUGUUUUUGGUGUCGUUGAUAUUGGAUAGGAGCAGAUAUUAUGAUGGAGAAGCGUAUAGAAUUAGAAAUGCGUGGCAAAAAGGCAGCAGACAUCAAAGAGCUGAUAUUGGAUAACUGCCGGAGCACAACUAUCGUUGGUUUGACAGAUGAAUUCACAAAUCUCCAGAGUUUGUCCCUCAUCAAUGUUGGUCUUACCUCCCUCAAAGGUUUCCCCAAACUUCCCAACCUGAGGAAACUUGAACUCAGUGAUAACAGGAUACCCAAAGGUCUGGGAUUUCUAGAGUCAUGUCCAAAGCUGACACACCUUAACCUGAGUGGCAAUAAAAUCAAAGAUUUGGACACUCUGGAACCUUUGAAGAACUUGAAGCAUCUGAAAAAUGUGGAUUUAUUCAACAAUGAAGCAACCACACUGGAAAAUUACAGGGAACAGGUCUUCAAAAUGAUUCCCAACCUCAAAUAUCUAGAUGGCUUCGACGAGCAAGACGGCGAGGCCGAAGAGGACAGCGACGCCGACGAGGAGGUGAACGGCAACGACGACGACAGCGAGGAGGAUGAGGAGGAGGGCGACGAGGACGGCGAUGGGGGAGAGGAGGAGGACGAGGAGGGCUCGUCGGAGGGGGAGGAGGAGGACGUCGGUUUGGGGGCCGUCUACUCGGAGAACCUCGACGACAUGUCCGACGAGGGGGACUACGAGGCCGGCGAGGAGGAGGACGAGGAUGAGGUGGUGGAAGAGGAGGAGGAGGAAGAGGGGGUUGAGGAGGGAGGAGCGGGGCAGUCGGCCAACGCGGAUGUCUCGAGGGGUAAGAAGAGGAAGCUGGAAGAGGGCGAAGAGGAAAACUAAAGCCUACAUGAGUGCAUCAUCAAUUGUAGUGAUAUGGACAUUUUUUAUUACUGACCAAUGACGUGUCUCUAACAUGGUGAGAAGAGACGUUUCGUAGUAAGUCAUCAUCCCUGGCUGUGUUUUCAUACUUUACAAAAAUAAAGAAAGAUUAAAUAUUAAAUUCAAAAUUAAGGAGCAAUUCUAAAUUAAAAUAGUCUCGAUUUCGCGUAUUCAAGCACGAGCAACAAAUCAAUUUUAAAUAAGAAUAGAAUUUUUCAUGCUAGUAAAGUGCAGCCAGAAAGUAAGUCAAUGAAGGAAUAGUUAUAUUUUGUACAUCCAUAUUACCUAAUGUCUAGUAGUUAUAGGGUGUUAACAUAACAUAUGAGUAAGUUAUUGUUUUUUUAUUGAUUUGUGUUUUAUCAACAAUUUUCACAGAUUAAAUUUCUUUACAUAGAAUUGAUUGGCGUUUCUUCAAUUAUUUUGGGGUUAUGGUUUCUUCAUUACUGAUAUUGAAUUAUUGGUGUUAUGGUGUGUUGGUUAGAUACCAAAUUGGUCAGAUGAGAAAAGGUGAUGCACAAUUCUAAUGGAAAGAAAAUUGGAUAGAAGUUGUUUUAUUGAAAGACUGAGCUCAGUUAAAUUAGUUAAAUUAAUAUAAUUAGGAGGGGAACUUGAUAUUCCUCUUUCAUUAUGGAAAUGGAACAUUUCCGUGUGUUUGUUUUUCCACCCAUAUUAUUUUCAAUAUGGGUUUUUGCCGAAUUGUGAAAAAAACGAGUUUUAGCAUAUCACAAAUAUAAUUUAUGCAAAAUGGGGUCUGGGUUAUGUUAGUUGAGAUAUUGACAAAACGAAAUAAAAGGUACACAAUAAAAAAUAUUUUCAUUUCUGAUAAUAAGCACUAUAUUGAC